GGCACUGGGGUAAUGUUGUUGUUGUCAUUGAAUGGUGAGGUUUUUAUGUUGUGACAUGUACAACCAAUGUUUAACUCUAGACAGAAGUCUUUUUGAUGCACUCUAUUCCUGUGGGUGUUUUAAAUCCCAAUGUGAUAUGCCAAAUUUUUUAUGCAAUAUAGGUACAUGUUACCCUCCCUAGACCCCACUUGUACACUGAGUUUGUUGUUGUUGACCAUACCUUUGUUGUAAUAUGCUGAAUUGGUAAGCUGAUUGCUGCAUGCAAUGCUUGUAAUCUCAAAGACUUUUUUUGUUUUACUUACCUCAUUUCUUAGUAUUGUACAAUCACCUGGUUCAAAACGGUCAGAAGCAUUCCUGGAACUCAGGGAAAGUAUUGUUCUUACACCUAAGAAUGUCCAGGCAUUAAGGACACUUUUUAACAUAGCUCAUCGGCUGCAUAAUGUUUUAGGCCCUUCAUGGAUAUUGGUACUGGAAACACUAGCUGCUCUUGACAGAGCUAUUCAUUCUCCUCAUGCAGCAACACAGGAGGUCUCUAUGGCUGUUCCAAAACUAACAAGGGAUUCAUCUGGCCAGUACAGUGAUUUUCAUAUACUGUCUUCUUUAAACUCUCAGCUUUUUGAAAGCUCAGCUUUGAUGCAUGUAUCUGCAGUCAAAUCCCUACUUUCUGCACUACGUCAGUUGUCACAUCAGUCCCUCUCUGCAACGGUUAGCUUUGUACAAGCAUCAAAUCAAAAGGUCGGAAGCAUCAGCUUUGCGAUUGAAAGAAUGCUUUCGGUCCUAGUCAACAAUCUUCAUAGGGUGGCUCCAUUGUGGGAUGAUGUGAUUGGCCACUUUACUGAGCUCACAAGUAGUUCAAACCAACAUGUUAGAAAUUUGGCUCUGAAUGCGAUGGAUCAAUCUAUAUGUGCUGUUUUAGGAUCUGAAGUGUUUCAGGAACAAGCUUCCUCUAAAGUCUUUGCCAGCAAUGUUUGCUCUGAGAAUAUAGAGAUGAGAUCACUCGAACGUGCUAUCAUAUCUCCCUUAACAACCCUUUAUUCUUCAACACAAAGCGUUGAUAUUCAUGUUGCAUUGCUUAAAAUUCUUCUUCAUGUUUUGGAGAGGCAUGGAGAAAAGCUGCAUUAUAGCUGGCCAUAUAUUCUUGACGUUCUAAGGUCUGUGGCGCAUGCCGCUGAGAAGGAUCUCAUUUCUCUUGGAUUCCAGUGCCUCCGCAUUAUUAUGAAUGAUGGCCUUUCAUCAAUACCUACUAAUUGCCUUCAUGUUUGUAUCGAUGUUACUGGAUCAUAUUGUGCACAGAAAACUGAACUAAACAUUAGCCUGACAGCUGUAGGCCUUCUAUGGACUUCUAUUGAUUUUCUUGUCAAGGGGGCCAAGGGGCUCCAAGAUGCUCACGAAGAACAUAAAGAAUCUGGGAGCAAGCAUUACAGCUUAACGUAAUUGAUCGUGACAAAUUGUUAUUUUCUGUUUUCUCAUUACUACAAAGUCUGGUAGCUGAUGAGAGACCUGAGGAAUUGUACCAGGAGAAUUCUGAUUUCAAGGACAUCUCCGAGAAAUUUUCGACGCGCCCCUAUAGAGAUUUCUUAAUCAAAGAUGGAUUUUUAU